AUGGCAAUAUUGCUUUUGUCAAUUUUUCUCAUCAUUGGCGCAGCACGUGACUCGUUUCCCACUUUGGAAUCGACUAUUAUUUCCCAUGGUGGACAAGUAUUGCGAGUGACCGAUCCGCAAUACAAAGCAGCAGCUACUCUAUGGAAUACGGCAAUACAAAUUUGGCCUAGUCUCAUCUUACGACCUGCAACCUAUGAUGACGUCUCGUUAGCCCUUUCAACACUUUACUCUGCUAACGUACCUGUUCGUAUCAUGGGCGGCCGACAUAGUUAUGGCGGUUAUUGUAGUCACCAAGGUGUCGUUCUCGAUUCUGCACUUCUCAAAGGUGUGCAAAUUAAUUGGGCAGCUGAAACUGUAACGAUGCAAGCAGGAGUGAUAUGGGAUGAAGUUUACAGAGCUUUGAAUGGAUCUGAAUACGUUGUGAUUGGUGGAUUUUGUCCGACUGUGGGGGUGGUUGGUUAUACGUUGGGAGGUGGUUUCAAUCCGAUGUAUAGUCGUUCAUUCGGACUGGCAUCCGACAGUGUUCUAAACUUUUCACUAGCAUUGUACAAUGGAAGCAUUGUAACAGCGUCAUCCGAAGUGAACCCGGAUUUAUAUUGGGCAUUGAGAGGUGGUGGUGGAGGAAACUUUGGCUAUGUUCUGGAAAUGACCCAAAAAAUUCAUCACAUCAGCGAAACAAAACUGCCUUCGGGUCAGAUUUCGUUUUUGAAUAUUACUUGGGAGAACACUGACCUUAAAACAGUUUUCCUAAAUUGGCUUUCAUUUCUCAAUGAGGUUGCUAACAUUGACAGUCGCAUCUCUUUUGACGUGACCGUGUACGUUUCGCCUGAACAUAGCUUUAUUAUGAUGUCGGGUACGUUCAAUGGCCCACAAGCAGAACUUCAACCAGUGUUUAAGCCGUGGCUAACCAAGAAUCCACAACCGAACUCUUUCGCAGUCUUCAACUACACACAGGCUGAUAUAAUUCGAGAAACUGGAGGCUCGAGCAUUCCUUUUCCAGUAAAGGAACGACAGCACGUUGUGUCUGCUAUGGCGAUUAAUAUCACAAGUGCUAUGCAAGAUAUUAUUCUCGAAGCUCAGCCGAACUCCACUGCACAAAUAACACAAGUAAUGUCUAUCAUCUAUCUCAACAACGCGAACAAGGAUCAAAACACAUCAUGGCCUUUUCCCGAUAUCUCCUUUGUCAUUGCUCCUAUUUUUGCGUGGCUCAUACCCGAUGAUGACGCUACCGCAAUCGAUAUCGCUGAAAGCUGGUUACAGCGACUCGUGAAUGCAGCAGCACCCACACAAAGCGUUGUUGGAGCAUAUCUGAACUAUAUUGACCCAUACUUGCAAAACUGGCAAGCGAUGUACUAUCGUGAUCGUUGGGAUCGAUUACAAAAAAUCAAAACGACAUGGGAUCCGACGUGGUAUUUUCGCUUUGCACAGGGCAUCUCACCGCACACUCAACAAUCAAGUUCAGCUGAACGAAAAAGUAACAUCUUGAUUUUUGUAGUUGCUUUCAUUCUCAUUUUCUUUCAAUCUUAUUUUCCUAAUUUUUGACCGUAUACGGAGAAGUACGAUCGUUUACGGAGUAAAACGGAGAGCGUACACUUUCUCCAUAUACGGAGACCAUACUCCGUAUAUUUCCGUAUACGAUCGUAUUAUACGGUCACGGAGCUCCGUGGAGAUCCCAAGUACAUGGUGUACGGAAUACUGUAAUUUAUACAAUAAAAAGAAGCAUGUAUAACACAAAACCGAGACUUAGAAUAAAGUGAGAGAGGCUAAACAGAAACUCAAAUGGAAGCAGGAAAAUCGGCUUUAGCUUUUAGAUGCAUCUCUUCAGCAUCCUAAUUCUUCCAUUGAAAAACGGUGAAAAAUGUUCACUGUAUCGUUCCUGCAACUCACUUCUUCUCCAGUCUUUCAUGUUUAUCGUCUGUCGACAUACGUUUGAUCUACACUGACACAGCUCUAGGAUCACGUCCAAACUUUCAUAGUCACGAUCCAAAAAGAGACAAUAAUCAAUAGUCACUUCCUCGUUACAUACAAUUGGUGAAUGUAGAUCGACAGUACAUUUGUCCAUUAGCCACAUAUUUGAGAUGAAACGCAUUUCCGUUUUACAUUUAGAAUGCAAAACUUCCUUCCGUGUUUCAAGAAUAACCCGCUGAAUUUGAUUUAUUCUCACUUUAAAACUGACCAGCCGACACUUGUUGACAUUGCUCAAAUGUUUUUGAAGAUACAUUUUAUGCUGUUGGUGAGAUAACAUUCGCUUACUCAAGCGUUAUUAAGUAGGCAUUCUGUUCUUUGUGUUUGCCUCCUUAAUGAGACUGUACCCGUCCGUUUUUGUGCUUGUAAGUGACACAGCGCACCUAGCAAAAUGCGACUGACAUUGUAGCUUUAUUCGCUCUGCAGCUUCAGCACUUAAUGGAACAGAUCGAUUCGUUCCACUGUAUGUUUAUCCCGACGGCAUUGAGAGAAAAAGAAUGAUCUAGGUUAUGUUUUGAUUUCUCUUUUUCGUUCUGCGUUAUCACGUAAGGGAAAAAAGAAAAGAAGUUUUGUUUUUCAGUUCUUGUACACAUAGUUUUGUAAUGUUUUGAAAAUGACCGGUUAAAGUUCGAAAUAUCAACUAAACAAAAUGAAGUUUAAAACAGCUGCAAUUAUAAUCAAAUUUUUGAUAAGUAAGUCGUUGCCCUCAAACACUAUACUUGUAUGACACUCGAAGUAAAACAAAAACCAAAAGUCGAGUAUGUCGAAUAGUUUCAAAUCACUGUAGAUCUUGUACACAAGAGCAGGUGAUUGUUCGAGGGAUAACAGUACCGCCCGAAAUAGUUUAGAGCAGAGACGAUGGAACAAUUUAGCAGCUGUGGGAGGGAAUUUUUUGGGGGGAGAAACUGAAGGUAGACUGACUCCUUUAUAGAAAGUCAUUUUGAAUAAACUUAAAAGAAAUUAACACUGAAGAUAGAUAUUUGAAAUAGCUUUCUAAUGUUCAUACAUAAAAUUCUCUACUUUUAUCUACUUUGGCACAUCGGCAUUAGAAGUGAGCAUGAAAACAUUAAAUAUACAGAUGUAUAAACAAGUAAAAAAGUCCGAAUUUAACACGCUCGAUAAUAGCCAGUUUUUAUUGAUCAGUUAAACUUCGACCGGUAGUAAUGCAACGUGAAAAAGUGAAAGAGAUUACUAACACUAGAAUUUAUGGAGAUUUAAGAAAACGACGUGGCCAGCUAACUCUGCUACCGUAAAGGAAUUUUGUUAGGUUUUUUAUCAUUUUGUUUUGUUUAUAAAUCGUAAACGAAACGAAGCAGACAGUUGCGACAUGUCUUAAAUUGAAGAAAAAACUGUUAUCAACAUUUAAAUUACAUCUCAGUUCUGUAAAAUGUCUAGUUUUAAAGAUCUGAUACAAAUAUUGACAACUACUUUUCGCACAUUUACACUUUGCAGAAUCGAAAAGUAGUUGCCAAUAUUUGUAUCAGAUCUUUAAAACUAGACAUUUUACAGAACUGAGAUGUAAUUUAAAAUGUUGAUAACAGUUUUUUCUUCAAUUUAAGACAUAUCGCAGCUGUCUGCUUCGUUUCGUU